ACGUGGGAUUUGGCGCCAGGUUGAGUGCGCCAAGUCAGGCAGCAGCGGUUGUGUGGAGGCGGGUACAGCGCGGGCAUAGUGGUACCAUUACCCCCUUACCUGCUCAGCACCUGCCGCAACAGGGCACUCUGUCACGAUGGCGAUGCCGAAGCUGAGUGAGGGCUCCAUACCGGCUAUUUUGCAAGGAGAUUCAUCAUGCAAGCCUAUUUUGCAAGUCAUUAAUAUUCGUCCAAUCAAUACUGCUAACGGUCCUCCUCGAUAUCGGUUGCUGAUGAGUGAUGGGAUACACACACUUUCUUCUUUUAUGUUGGCUACUCAGCUGAAUUCUCUUAUGGAUGAGAAUCUCCUUGCAACAAACUGUAUCUGUCAGGUCUCACGGUACAUUGUAAACAACUUGAAGGAUGGAAGGAGAGUGAUUAUAGUAAUGGAGAUGGAAGUGCUGAAGUCAGCUGACUCUGUCCCAGGAAAGAUUGGGAAUCCACAACCAUACGUUGAUGGACCUGCACCUCCGCAAUCAGCUGCUCCUGCACCAGCACCACCAAGCAAGCCCAUGUACAACCCUGCGCCUCCCUCUUCUACGAACAGAGUAUUAUCUAAAACAUUUGGAGGAGGGGGUGUACACAGUACCCCUGGUGGUACUCAGUCUAAGGUGGUGCCAAUUGCAAGUCUCAACCCAUAUCAGUCAAAGUGGACGAUACGUGCUCGAGUUACCAACAAAGGUCAGAUUCGUACGUGGAGCAACUCCCGUGGGGAAGGGAAGCUAUUCUCAAUUGAAAUGGUGGAUGAGAGUGGUGAGAUCCGGGCUACUGCUUUCAAUGAACAGGCUGACAAAUUUUUCUCUCUUAUUGAAAUGAAUAAGGUCUAUUACUUUUCAAAAGGAACUUUAAAGAUUGCUAACAAGCAGUAUACGGCUGUAAAGAAUGACUACGAGAUGACUUUCAAUAGUGAGACCUCUGUUAUUCCUUGCGAUGACUCCUCUGAUGUCCCCACGGUGCAAUUUGAGUUUGUUCCUAUUUCUGAGCUUGAAAACAAGAGUAAAGACACACUAUUAGAUGUCAUUGGAAUUUGUAAGAGUUUUGAAGAUGUCACUAAGGUGACUAUAAAAUCAAACAACAGAGAAGUAUCAAAACGAGCUAUUCAUUUAAUGGAUUCAUCAGGCAAAGUGGUUUCAACAACUCUGUGGGGUGAAGAUGCAGAUAAAUUUGAUGGCUCUAGACAACCUGUUGUAGCAGUCAAAGGAGCGCGACUUUCUGAUUUUGGAGGGCGGUCCCUGUCAGUCUUGUCAUCCAGCACUGUCAUGAUAAAUCCAGAUAUUCCUGAGGCAUUCAAGCUCAGAGGAUGGUUUGAUUCAGAGGGCCAGGUACUGGAAGGUACGUCUAUCUCGGAGUCUCGCGGAGGUGUGGGAGGAGGGAACACAAACUGGAAGUCCUUGCUGGAAGUCAAAAAUGAGAACCUGGGCCACGGGGACAAAGCUGAUUAUUUCAGCAGUGUGGCUACAAUUGUGUAUCUUCGGAAGGAGAACUGCUUGUAUCAGGCCUGCCCUUCCCAGGACUGCAAUAAAAAGGUGAUAGACCACCAGAAUGGACUGUUCCGCUGUGAGAAGUGUGACCAGGAAUUUCCCAACUUUAAAUACCGCCUCAUUCUUUCUGCCAACAUUGCAGAUUAUGGGGAGAAUCAGUGGAUCACGUGUUUCCAGGAGUCGGCGGAAGCCAUUCUUGGGCAGAAUGCAGCGUAUCUUGGAGAUCUGAAAGAAAAGAAUGAACAAGCAUUUGAGGAGGUAUUUCAGAAUGCCAACUUCCGAUCUUACACCUUUAGAGUUCGGGUCAAGAUGGAGACAUACAAUGAUGAAUCCCGUAUCAAGGCAACAGCUAUGGAUGUGAAACCAGUUGAUCACAAAGAAUACUCCAGGCGUAUUAUCAUGAAUAUAAGGAAACUUGCCGCUCAAGGAGUCUAAUGUACGGACAACACAACGAUUACUCCCAAGAACAGAUCUGGGGAACAUAAAACAACAAAUAGAUUUAUAAAGAUGGUUGACACUUCCCUAAGCUGCAUCAGCUCAUAUAUAAAGCCUGUUAACAUUAACAUUUCUAUCUGUAUUUUCAGGAACACAAAUCUAUCACACUAUAGUGCAUUUCUUCUUCCAGUAUGGCAGCCACGGUCUCAUGCAGCUCAUGAGAUUCCACAAUCACUUGUUUCUAUACAACUACAGACCCCACUUAGGAACACACUUGUAAUGUGACAUUUGAACCUUCAUCUGCAACUAUUGUAAAUAUGCUUAUCAAAUUAAAGCUCUCAUGCCUGCCUUCCUGAGAAUUUUUUUCUCGUGCUAAUUUACAAGAAAGCUUAAUUACAUUUAAACAGGACUUAAUUAGCAUCCAUGGAAGUAAUUGUCGUCUGCUGCUGAGCAAUUGGAUGCCCACCCACAUCCUCUCUUACCCCCCUCUGGAAGGUUCCAUAAGCUUAUAGCUGAUCAGGGGCUGCCAGACCUCUUGUGAAGACUGGGGGCCCAUUGCCUUCGCUGCGUGCUGCCGUUUGCAGUGUGGGGGGGGGGGGGGGGGGGGGGGAGAGAAUGUGCCAUACAGUUUGUAAAUGCCUGGAAUAACAAAAUGGAGAAUUAUUAAUCAAAGACCUAUCUUUUCCAUCUGAAGACUUUCCUUCGGGGUUUAAUAGACUGAGUCAGAUGGUCCUGAUAUUAAUCAAAAUUGUCUCUUCUGAGAAGCUCUGAUAAGCAUUGACUCUCCGGCCCCUGGGGAAAUCUGGCCAACUACAAAGCUUGGCUUUAUUUUUUCAUUUAAAUUAAUAUUGUGCUUUCUUGCUCUUUUUUUUUGACUGUGUAAUUGCAAAAAGUUUUCGGUCUGUACAUUUAGCACAUUUACCUAUAUUUGAGCUGCUGUGUUUUUUCUUUUCUUUUUUUCUCUUCCUCCUUUUUGUAAUGGAUUUAAUCAACAUCGUUAUGUCAAUGGAAAAUGUACCUUUUUAUUCCGAGAGCUGAAUAAAAAGUUUAGUUUUUUGCA